CUGAGGCAAUGAAUGCAGCCUACUAACGAUGUAGAAAGCACGAUGUUGCAUGAACCGAGAACUUCUUCAGAUUUCUAACUAGCAAAUUAUGUCGUCUAUAAUAUGGAGACAGUUGUCUACAUUUUCAUCAGGAUCUCGCUGAAAAUUUGUUUUUUUUUGCCAAGGCAACGAACUAGAUUUCGCCACCCCCUCGUUGUUCCAGUCACUCCUCACAGUCCUGUCUUGGAGGGCUGGUUAGGAGGUCCUUUUUCGUGUUAGAUUCACAACUAGCAAUGAUGCUUCCAUAUUUUCUAAAUGUGAGGUAAACUAUUGGCAUAGUUUGCUAACGUUACAUAUCAAGAAGCGGAGGGCCACUUUAACGAAUGCAUCAAACAUUAAUUUAAACCAGUGAGAUUGGAAUUUGAAGACGGAGCCCAUCCGACCCUUUCCCCCCCGAACCUGGAUAUCGGAAUGGUGUGUCGUGACCCCAGUGGGUUGGGAAAUGCACCAUGUUUAUACGCGCUAUGAGCCGGACAGUCAUGUCUGGCUUGGAGCACUGAUAAUCUGGACACUUCCGGGGAGCCCACUACCCGCUCCGUGGGCACCACUGCCAACUUGAAGGGGAAGAUGAGCAAGAGGCUGUCUGUUGUGAAAGGUCACUUCCCUAAGCUCGUUGACUGUGCCCACUUCCACUAUGACAAUGUGGAGUUUGGCUCCAUCGAGUUGCAGUUUGCGAAUGAGCAGAGCGAUGCCAGCUGGAUCUCGGGCUCUGCCAAAGACCUGGUUUUCCUGGUGCAGGUGUCCUGCCAGACUAAGACGUGGAUGGUUCGGCGCUCCUAUGAGGAGUUCCGUACUCUGGACGCUCACCUUCACCAGUGUAUCUACGACCGGCGUUACUCCCAGCUGCUGCCCCUGCCACCCCUCAGCGAGAUCGGGGACAGGGUAGAGAUCUUCACCCCGCUGCUGUCGGAGUACCUGAGCCGCCUCUCCAUGAUUGUGGACAACAAGCUCAACUGUGGGCCUGUGCUCACCUGGAUGGAGAUUGACAACCGUGGGAAUCGGUUCCUCCUGAAAGAGGAAGCUUCGCUCAACGUUCCCGCCAUCGCCGCUGCUCAUGUCAUCAAGCGCUACACGGCGCAGGCCAGCGACGAGAUCUCCAUUGAGGUGGGAGAUAUCCUGUCUGUAAUUGAUAUGCCACCCAAAGAGGACUCCAACUGGUGGAGGGGGAAGCAUGGCUUCCAGGUGGGCUUCUUCCCCAGUGAGUGUGUGGAGCUCAUCAACGAGAAGCCUCAGUCCGCCGCUAAAAUAGAUGGAGAUCCAGCCAACUCCAACGCCCCAGGACCUCCCUCUCCUACAUCCGUUUCUAAGAAGCACGGCAAGCUGAUGGGAUUCCUGCGCAACUUUAUGAAGUCCAGACCCACCAAGCAGAAGCUCAAACAGAAAGGAAUUCUUAAGGAGAGGGUGUUCGGCUGCGACCUGGGAGAGCACCUCCUCAACUCAGGACUGGACGUUCCACAGGUUCUGAAGAGCUGCUCAGAGUUCAUAGAGAAGCACGGUGUGGUGGACGGCAUCUACAGGCACUCUGGAGUCUCCUCCAACAUUCAGAAACUCCGACAUGAGUUUGACAGUGAGAAUGUUCCAGACCUGACCAAGGAUAUGUACAUGCAGGACAUCCACUGUGUGGGGUCCCUGUGUAAACUCUACUUCAGAGAGCUGCCCAACCCCCUGCUCACCUACCAGCUCUACGACAAGUUUGCUGACUGUAUGGGAGAGAUGACUGACGACGAGCGCAUGGUGAAAGUACAUGAUGUCAUCCAGCAGCUCCCACCACCGCACUACAGGUAUACACAGCCAUGGAGACAGAGACUUCAGGUAUACACAGCCAUGGAGACAGAGACUUCAGGUAUACACAGCCAUGGAGACAGAGACUUCAGGUAUACACAGCCAUGGAGACAGAGACUUCAGGUAUACACAGCCAUGGAGACAGAGACUUCAGGUAUACACAGCCAUGGAGACAGAGACUUCAGGUAUACACAGCCAUGGAGACAGAAACUACAGGUAUACACAGCCAUGGAGACAGAGACUUCAGGUAUACACAGCCAUGGAGACAGAAACUACAGGUAUACACAGCCAUGGAGACAGAGACUUCAGGUAGACACAGCCAUGGAGACAGAAACUACAGGUAUACACAGCCAUCCCAGAUUGUGGACUAAUGUUGUCUUUCUCUCUCUCUCUGUCAGGACCCUGGAGUACCUCAUUAGACACCUGGCUGGUCUGGCCACCUGCAGCGGAGAGACCAGCAUGCACAUCAAGAACCUGGCCAUCGUCUGGGCCCCCAACCUGCUCAGGUCUAUGGAGAUCGAGGCGGUGGGUCUGAGUGGUGCUGACCCGUUUAAGGAGGUGCGGAUCCAGUCUGUGGUGGUGGAGUUUCUCCUCGGUCACGUGGACGUGCUCUUCAGUGACUCCUUCACCUCUGUAGGACGCUUCACAGGCACAGGGCGGCACUCUCUGACCAGGCCCAAGUCCUUUGUGUCCACCAGGCUGCUCUCCCUAGAAGAGGCCCAGGCCAGGACACAGGCUCCUCUGCUCCUCCAGGGGGCGCCAGUCCAGUUCCAGGGCCAGUUCCACACCGUGCUGGACCACUCUGUCGACAGGAGGAAGAGAGGGCUGAAGGUACGGAAGGCAGCUGGAGGGAGCUGGAAGACGUUCUUUGCUAUCGGGAAGCCCCUGGGGGCGGGGCAACGUAAACCAAUGAGGAUCAGCUCCCUGUUCCAGCCCGCCACCUCACAUGCAGGUUGUCAUGUGGACAGUGUGACCCUGCGUUCAGCUAAGAGUGAGGAAUCCUUAUCAUCCCAGCACAGUGGAGCAGGACAUUCUAGCCGUCUGCGGCGGCCCCGCUCCAGCAGUGACGGUCUGUCUUUGGCUGCCUCCAUGGACCCCCAGCACCUGCCCCAGCGCCCCCCGUCCCGCCUGCCUUCCAGCCGCUCGUAUGACAGCCUGCUGCCUGAGGACCGCCGGCCCAGGGAUGAUGGAGACGAUGAGCAGGAUGACGACGAGGAAGGUAUCUACAUGCUGCCUGACUUCUCCAACCAGGACCCGGCUGCUUCCUGGAUGGCCGAGGACGUCAUUGACUUCAGCCCCACCUUCCUGGAGGACGGACCAAUCGGCUUGGGCAGCAGCAUAGUCACCGCGGGCGGCAGGGAGUCCCCGCCAACUGCCACGCCCCCUCCCUACCGCUGCCUCAGCCACCAAGGACACUCUCACUCCAGCAGCCAGCGCUCAAUCACAGAGGACCCCGACUCGGUGCUCAACCAAUCGGAUGCGGCCGUCAGGAGAAGUCUGAUCAUUGCCGCCACAGCCCCGCCCCUUCAGGUGUUCUGUCAACACAGACCGGCCAAUACCAGCCCAUCUGCCGGCCAAUCAGGGGAGGGUGCCAACCUGAGUACCUCACACAGUCAAAGCCAGGGCCAGCCCACUACACCUGUGACCUCUGCUCAGCCCCCGCCAGAGAGAAGAUCUUUCACCCGGAAGAUGGUGAAUGCCUUCUCACAAAAAGCCCCCAAGUCCCCUACACUGGACAUCUCUGACCCUGUAUCCAUCAGCGUCCCAGCUAAGGUGUUGGACAUGAUUGGCGGGCGAGCUGGUGAAUUACAGCCUGGCAUCCCGAGCAGCGGCCCCUCCCAGUCGCAGCCUCCUCAGAUGAUCUCCAUGCUGCUGAGGUCAUGUGACUUCCAGCUGACGGAGAGCUGCCAGCAGGAGAUCCGCAGCAAACUGGGCCCCGAGGCCAAGAUCAGAGGACAGGGUAUAACGGGACCCACCGCCCCCCCCCCCCUGUUCGCCCAGCCUCCCCCUCCCCCUCCAAAAAACCCAGCACGCCUCAUGGCCCUGGCCCUGGCUGAGAGUGCCAACAAGGCCCUGAGACAGGGCGCCUCGCCCCCCUACCGCCCCCCCUCAGUCCCGGUCCCAGGACGCAGCCGACACCCGCUACCAGAGGUCCCUGUCUGCCGACGCAGGAGAGCUGCUGUCCUCUGACCCCAAUCAGCUCUACUCCACAGUGCGCCCCCUGUCUGUGUGGAUGACCGAGGGAGAGGGAAACGCGACAGAGACUGCAGCAGAUACAGGACACAGCCAGGGAGAGAGGACUCCAGGACAGGAUACGGGGACCCUGUCCUCUGAGACGUCUGACUCUGUGGCGUCCAACUCGGAGCUGUCUGGUGGGAGCGCCUCUGGAGACGACCAGACCCCCAGCCCCAUCUACAAGAACCAGAAGCAGCUGCCCCAGUCACAGCCCCCCA